GGGCCCGCCCCGCACGUCACGGCGCCGGCGCUGUCCGCGCCCCGGUGCUGACCAAGAUGGCAGGUGGCGCCCGGGCCCCGGCGAGCGCGGAGCUGCCCCGGCCGCGCGGCCACUGAGCCAGGAGCCAUGUCGCUGCUCUGCGUGGGAGUCAAAAAAGCCAAGUUUGAUGGGGCCCAAGAGAAAUUCAACACGUAUGUGACCCUGAAGGUGCAGAAUGUCAAGAGCACAACCAUCGCUGUGCGAGGUAGCCAGCCCAGCUGGGAGCAGGACUUCAUGUUCGAAAUCAACCGCCUGGACCUGGGGCUGACCGUGGAGGUGUGGAACAAGGGUCUUAUCUGGGACACCAUGGUGGGCACUGUGUGGAUCCCGCUGCGGACCAUCCGCCAGUCUAAUGAGGAGGGCCCCGGUGAGUGGCUGACACUGGACUCCCAGGUCAUCAUGGCCGAUAGCGAGAUCUGUGGCACCAAAGACCCCACCUUCCACCGCAUCCUGCUGGACACGCGCUUUGAGCUGCCCCUGGACAUCCCUGAGGAGGAAGCACGCUACUGGGCCAAGAAGCUGGAGCAGCUCAACGCCAUGCGCGAUCAGGACGAGUACUCGUUCCCAGAUGAGCAGGAGAAGCCACUGCCAGUACCCAGCAGCCAGUGCUGCAACUGGAACUACUUCGGCUGGGGAGAACAGAACGAUGACCCCGACAGUGCAGUGGACGACAGGGACAGCGACUACCGCAGCGAGACGAGCAACAGCAUCCCACCACCCUAUUACACCACCUCGCAGCCCAACGCCUCAGUGCACCAGUACUCGGUGCGCCCGCCGCCCCUGGGCUCCCGAGAGUCCUACAGCGACUCCAUGCAGAGCUACGAGGAGUUCUCCGAGCCUCGGGCGCUCAGCCCCACGGGCAGCAGCCGCUAUGCAUCAUCGGGGGAGCUGAGCCGAGGCAGCUCACAGCUGAGCGAGGACUUCGACCCUGAGGACCAGAGCCUGCAGGGCUCAGAGCUGGAGGACGAGCGUGACCGCGACUCCUACCACUCGUGCCACAGCUCUGUGAGCUACCAGCAGGACUCGCCACGCUGGGACCAGGACGCCGAGGACCUGGAGGAGGACCUGGAGGAGGAUUUAGAGGAGGACCUGGAGGAGGAGGAGAUAGAGGAUGAGGAGCUGGAGGAGGAGGAGGCCGUGCCUGAUGACCUGGCCAGUUACACCCUGCGCGAGGAGCCAGUGGUAGCCGAGUCCAAGGACUUUAAGCGCAUGAGCCUCCCUCCAGCCGCCCCUGAGGAGGACAAGGGCCUGGCGCUGCCAACUGAGAGCUCUGACCUGGCCAAAGUGGCCCCCAAACCAACCACACCUGAGGAGACUCCUGAGCCUGAGCCCCCCAAGGUGGAGGAGAGUUUCAGGGCCCGAGAGGAUGAAGAAGGCCAGGAAGGCCAGGACUCCAUGUCCAGGGCCAAGGCCAACUGGCUGCGCGCCUUCAACAAGGUGCGGAUGCAGUUGCAGGAGGCCCGGGGAGAAGGAGAGAUGUCCAAGUCCUUGUGGUUCAAAGGCGGCCCCGGGGGCGGCCUCAUCAUCAUUGACAGCAUGCCGGACAUCCGCAAGAGGAAGCCCAUCCCCCUCGUGAGCGAUCUGGCCAUGUCUCUAGUCCAGUCCAGAAAGGCGGGCAUCACCUCGGCCCUGGCCUCCAGCACCUUGAACAACGAGGAACUGAAAAACCACGUUUACAAGAAGACGCUGCAAGCCUUAAUCUACCCCAUCUCAUGCACCACGCCGCACAACUUUGAAGUGUGGACCGCGACCACACCCACCUACUGCUACGAGUGCGAGGGGCUGCUUUGGGGCAUCGCGCGCCAGGGCAUGCGCUGCACCGAGUGUGGAGUCAAGUGCCACGAGAAGUGCCAGGACCUGCUCAAUGCCGACUGCCUGCAGCGGGCCGCCGAGAAAAGCUCCAAGCACGGCGCCGAAGACCGCACGCAGAACAUCAUCAUGGUGCUCAAGGACCGCAUGAAGAUUCGGGAGCGCAACAAGCCCGAGAUCUUCGAGCUCAUCCAGGAGAUCUUCGCGGUGACCAAGACGGCGCACACGCAGCAGAUGAAGGCGGUGAAGCAGAGCGUGCUGGACGGCACGUCCAAGUGGUCGGCCAAGAUCAGCAUCACGGUGGUUUGCGCCCAGGGCCUGCAGGCGAAGGACAAGACGGGAUCCAGCGACCCUUACGUCACUGUUCAGGUCGGGAAGACCAAGAAGCGAACGAAGACCAUCUAUGGGAACCUCAACCCCGUGUGGGAAGAGAAUUUCCACUUUGAGUGUCACAACUCCUCCGACCGCAUCAAGGUGCGUGUGUGGGAUGAAGACGAUGACAUCAAGUCCCGGGUGAAGCAGAGGUUCAAGCGGGAGUCGGACGACUUCCUGGGACAGACGAUCAUCGAGGUGCGGACGCUCAGCGGCGAGAUGGAUGUGUGGUACAAUCUGGACAAGAGGACUGACAAGUCAGCCGUGUCAGGUGCCAUCCGUCUGCACAUCAGCGUAGAGAUCAAGGGCGAAGAGAAGGUGGCCCCCUACCAUGUCCAGUACACCUGCCUGCAUGAGAACCUCUUCCAUUUUGUGACGGACGUGCAAAACAAUGGCGUUGUGAAGAUUCCGGACGCCAAGGGGGACGACGCCUGGAAGGUGUACUAUGACGAGACGGCCCAGGAGAUCGUGGACGAGUUUGCCAUGCGCUACGGCGUGGAGUCCAUCUACCAAGCCAUGACCCACUUCGCCUGCCUGUCCUCCAAGUACAUGUGCCCCGGGGUACCCGCCGUCAUGAGCACCCUGCUCGCCAACAUCAACGCCUACUACGCGCACACCACCGCCUCCACCAACGUGUCCGCCUCCGACCGCUUCGCUGCCUCCAACUUCGGGAAAGAGCGCUUCGUGAAGCUGCUGGACCAGUUGCACAACUCCCUGCGGAUCGACCUCUCCAUGUACCGGAACAACUUUCCAGCCAGCAGCCCAGAGAGGCUCCAGGACCUCAAAUCCACUGUGGACCUUCUCACCAGCAUCACGUUCUUCAGGAUGAAGGUCCAGGAGCUCCAGAGCCCGCCCCGAGCCAGCCAGGUGGUGAAGGACUGUGUGAAAGCCUGCCUCAACUCCACCUACGAGUACAUUUUCAACAACUGCCACGAGCUGUACAGCCGGGAGUACCAGACGGACCCUGCCAAGAAGGGGGAGGUUCCGCCUGAGGAGCAGGGCCCCAGCAUCAAGAACCUCGACUUCUGGUCCAAGCUUAUCACCCUCAUCGUGUCCAUCAUCGAGGAGGACAAGAAUUCCUACACCCCCUGCCUCAACCAGUUUCCCCAGGAGCUGAAUGUGGGAAAGAUCAGCGCCGAAGUGAUGUGGAAUCUGUUCGCCCAGGACAUGAAGUACGCCAUGGAGGAGCACGACAAACACCGCCUGUGCAAGAGCGCUGACUACAUGAACCUGCACUUCAAAGUCAAGUGGCUCUACAACGAGUACGUGGCCGAGCUGCCCGCCUUCAAGGACCGUGUGCCCGAGUACCCCACGUGGUUCGAACCCUUUGUGAUCCAGUGGCUGGAUGAGAAUGAGGAAGUGUCCCGGGAUUUCCUGCAUGGAGCCCUGGAACGUGACAAGAAGGAUGGGUUCCAGCAGACGUCGGAGCAUGCCCUGUUUUCCUGCUCAGUGGUGGACGUCUUCUCUCAGCUCAACCAGAGCUUUGAGAUCAUCAAGAAGCUCGAGUGCCCUGACCCCCAGAUUGUGGGACACUACAUGAGGCGCUUUGCUAAGACCAUCAGCAACGUCCUCCUGCAGUAUGCGGACAUCAUCUCCAAGGACUUUGCCUCAUACUGCUCCAAGGAGAAGGAGAAAGUGCCCUGCAUCCUCAUGAACAACACUCAGCAGCUCCGGGUCCAGCUGGAGAAGAUGUUCGAGGCCAUGGGCGGCAAGGAGCUGGACGCUGAGGCCAGCGACAUCCUGAAGGAGCUGCAGGUGAAACUGAACAACGUUCUGGAUGAUCUCAGCCGGGUGUUUGCGACCAGCUUCCAGCCACACAUUGAAGAGUGCGUCAAACAGAUGGGCGACAUCCUCGGCCAGGUGAAGGGCACAGGCAACGUGCCAGCCAGUGCCUGCAGCAGCGUGGCUCAGGAUGCAGACAACGUGCUGCAGCCCAUCAUGGACCUGCUGGACAGCAACCUGACCCUCUUUGCCAAAAUCUGCGAGAAGACGGUGCUGAAGCGGGUGCUGAAGGAGCUGUGGAAGCUGGUCAUGAACACCAUGGAGAAGACCAUCGUGCUGCCGCCACUCACCGACCAGACGAUGAUCGGCACUCUCUUGAGAAAGCAUGGCAAGGGAUUAGAAAAGGGCAGGGUGAAACUGCCAAGCCACUCAGACGGGACCCAGAUGAUUUUCAAUGCCGCCAAGGAGCUGGGCCAACUCUCCAAACUCAAGGACCACAUGGCACGAGAAGAGGCCAAGAGUCUGACCCCGAAGCAGUGUGCAGUGGUGGAACUAGCCCUGGACACCAUCAAGCAAUACUUCCACGCGGGGGGCGUGGGGCUCAAGAAGACCUUUCUGGAGAAGAGCCCGGACCUGCAGUCUCUGCGCUACGCCCUGUCGCUCUACACACAGGCCACGGACCUGCUCAUCAAGACCUUCGUGCAGACGCAGUCCGCACAGGUGCACGGUGGCAAGGGAACUAGGUUUACCCUUAGCGAAGACACUUAUCCUGAGAAGGGCUCGGGUGUAGAAGACCCUGUGGGCGAAGUUUCUGUCCACGUUGAGCUCUUCACUCACCCAGGAACCGGGGAACAAAAGGUCACAGUGAAAGUGGUGGCUGCCAAUGACCUCAAGUGGCAGACUUCUGGCAUCUUCCGACCGUUCAUCGAGGUCAACAUCAUCGGGCCCCAGCUCAGCGAUAAGAAACGCAAGUUUGCCACCAAAUCCAAGAACAACAGUUGGGCGCCCAAGUACAACGAGAGCUUCCAGUUCACGCUGAGCGCCGACGCAGGUCCUGAGUGCUACGAGCUGCAGGUGUGCGUCAAAGACUACUGCUUCGCGCGCGAGGACCGCACGGUGGGGCUGGCCGUGCUGCAGCUGCGCGAGCUGGCCCAGCGUGGAAGCGCCGCCUGCUGGCUGCCGCUUGGCCGUCGCAUCCACAUGGACGACACGGGCCUCACAGUGCUGCGAAUCCUCUCACAGCGCAGCAACGACGAGGUGGCCAAGGAGUUCGUGAAGCUCAAGUCGGACACCCGCUCUGCUGAGGAGGGCAGUGCCACGCCUGCGCAGUAGCGCGGGGUGGGGUGUAGUACUGUGCCUGCGCGGGUGGGGCAGAGUCUGCGAGAGGAAGCCUCGCCCCGUGGGAGCGCAUCCAGGAACUGAAGGAAGAAGCCACAUCCCCUACCGAAGCCACACACCCCAGCGCCCAAGGGCCUUUCGCAGGGCUGGGGCUAGCCGUCUCCCGUCCUCUGGAAAAGCCAUAGCCGGGUCCCACCCCACCGAGACCCAUCGCCAAGCACGGAGCCGCAGCCCCGCGCGGGCGGGGGGCGAGCAGGACUUCCGGCCAGUGGCGGGACUGACGUCUGCAAAAAGCAAUGGGGAGGGGGAAGUUAAAAGCACACACGCCCUUGGGCACGACCCCGGGGCACCCUGGCCUGCGGGGCUUGGCCUUCCUCCUUCCCUGCCUGCCCACAUGACGGACGCCGACCCUGAGGCCCGUUUUCCCAGUGCCAUGGCCCCAGGACUGAGCCCAGAAUGGCCCCCACGGCCCGACUGGCUCCUGGUUGCUGCUAAACCCAGGUCCCUGAGUUCCCUGGCAGGACCGGGCCCUCCUACUCCUCUGGCUGCCAAGAGAGACUCCUAGCCUCUGCCUUUCUCCGGGACCUCCUGCCAAAAAAGUCAGGAUUUAGGAUUCUCCCCCCCCCCCCAAUUCUGCAGGAAAAAAGAGACCGUAAACUGGGGCGCAUGUGUGCGCAUGCGCGUGUGGGCUGCAGGCUUGGAUCCCAAAUGCAUGCGGAACCCGCACCCCAGGCGCUCCGCGGUGCGCCCUGGCACAGGACUGUGCUUCCAGGUGGCCUGUGAUUGGGAGCUGUUACCUGCCGGAUAGCUUCCUCUCUCAAGGAACCUGCGGGAAAGCUCAGCGCGACCUCUGCACUUGCGUCUGUGCUGCUCCCCUUGGAGCCGACUGGGAAGGACUGCAACAUGGUCGGCGGAGCCGGAGCCUUGGUGAUCAGGCCUGGCCGGGAGGCGCGUUCAUGGUGCAGUGCGGAUGGCUGUGGUUGGAGAGAGGCGGCCUGAGAGAGCUGCGGCUGUCAGGCCAGCCAGGAUUCAGGAUUCACAUGCACUAACAAGGUCUUUUUAUUCUAAGAUGACCGGGGAGCUCCAAUGUCCACAUUUUAAUGCUGAGAGAGACUGGAUUCCAGGUUGCAAAAGUUCCCUUGUGGAGAACAGAUCAGUGAGAAGGGAGAGUACUCUGGGGGCACUGAAAUUGGUUCCUGGGGAGAUUUCAGGGUUGUUCUCACUAGACAAGAAAAAUCCUGCCCUUAGCUGUGCCAUGGGGUCCCAGGUUUAGCCGGCUCCAUUGUGCACUGCUCAGCGUCUCUAAGGAGGCUGCAGGGGAGUUUUGGACUUAAGGGGCGCAAGCUUGCCUCCCCGCCUGGCUUCCCCGCGCUUGUGGCAAACAUCUGGAAGAAAUGCCCCUGUGUGUGUCCGCCUGAGGGGGCUGUGCUGACCCAAAGGGCAGGGUGCCAGUUCUGUUGCCUGUGGGAUCCAGGCCCCAUUGGUGAUGGUGGUCGGUAGGGGACCUGGAGCCUCCAUCACCAGGAGGGAGUGGGAGGUUUGAAAUCCAGGCCGCACAGGGCUGGGGGUGUUGGGGGGCAGGAACUCGGGGACUGGAGGAUGACUGGGAGCUGAGCUGCUGGGAAAAUCGAGAAUUAUCAGAGAUUCUAUAGGAGUCUUUUGGCUUAAGUCCUCCGAGAACACACGUUAGCGUGUUUCCCCAGAACCAGUGAGGGCUUCUGUAGCGAAAUUCAGGGGUGUUGUAUGAAUUUUUCUGACACCCAGGUUAGAACUGCUUUUGAAAUUUCCUUCCCCUUUUCUUUAUCCAGAGAACUCCUAUUCAUCCUCCAAAACUCAUUGCAAAAGUCCCUUUCUGUGCAGGACCAUCUCUGUGUCCCUCCCAACCCUGAUGCUGAAAGACUGGGAAAGCAGGUGUGGGGUGCUUCUCUUAGCAUGCAGCCAAGGCCUCAGGAUGCUGGGAGGGUGUACACUGUCCUGCCUGGGCUCCCACAAACUGAGCAUCAGGCGGAGGCACUUGAGCCCCAGGGCACAGUGGGGUGCAAAGGCCCAGGGAGGCAAUAGAUUGCAACUGUGUUCUGGGAAGGGGAAGGGCCUGGCCCAGAACUCCGAGGGAUGCUCGCCCGCCCAGGCUGGUGCAGUGGCUCUAGGCCCUGCUUUGUUUGGAGGUUUGACAUGCUAGGAGGUGGGCUCGGACCUCCUGGGGUUAGAGAGAGGAUGAGAAGGUAUGAGGGAGGCAGGGAAGAAGGUUGAUGUGGGUGGACACAAGGGACAGAGCCUGCGCCCCACUCCCAAGAUGAACAGAGACCAAGGGGAGAGACAGGAAAGCUGUAUGGGUGGAGAUGUCCAAGGAGAGGCUGAUGCAGGAGAGUCCUGGGAGGACACCGAGCUCCUGUUGCCCCAACCUGCCCUUGGCAGAGCCGCACACAAUCGGGAGGUGCCAGCUGCACCCCAGUUCCCGGCCCAGACUGAGUCCCCUCCCCAUCAGACACGCAAAAAACUCAACCCCCACCCGAAGGCCUCAGGCCCUCUGGGCUGGGCUUGGCCUGCACUUUCCCUGUGUGUCCAUCCGCACCCAGGGGGCCGAGGCAAGGGGCACGGCCUUUCCUAAGAAUCGUUAAGGACCAAAGUCGUCUUCGCUGACAGCUGUCGCUUUUCUCUUCGCCUUUUCCUUUUUUAAGAGAAAUCAAAUUGAGUGUCCAGUGAGACCCCGCUCUGCAGUUGCGGCAAUGGCCGCCCUCAUCCUCACCCGCCCGCAUGUGAUCGUCCAUGCGUGUCUGCAAUCCUCUGACUCUGUGUUUUUCUUCUCUUGAUACCUUGUGGGUCCAGCGUCCCCAGACACACACUCACUUGCUCCCUAUAAAUACUCAACUUGGGACCCAAGUUCAGCAAAUGACAAGUGCUCAUGAAUGCAUGGUGUUGAGAUGUUUUGCACUACUCUGACUUUUUGGUCUCUGUAAAAAUAUUUUAUUAACAGCAGACAUUAAAAAAAAAAACAAAAAAAGCA